CAGGACAAGAGUCCAUUAACCUCCUUAGCAGUUUUCCCGAGUGUAGCUCGGGGUAAAAUUUCAAUACCAAGAGCGGUAACCCAAGCUACACUCGGGCUUACCAUGCGGCGUUGCUCUGGGGGUCCCUGCAGCACUUACCUUGUCCUUCGCUCCCUCGAUGUGUCCCCUGUAGCGUCCCCGGCCAUUUUCUCCGGCCGAUGCCAGCAUCCGGCUUCCGUGUUCCGGUCCCUGUGACGUCGGGACGUACGGGCGCCGGAACCGGUGGCAAAUAUGAAAUUUUUAAAAA